AUGGAGUUGAAAUUACAUAGCCCUGUUGGGGCUGAACCUGUUGUCUACCCAUGGCCAGGAACAGAACGCCUGGACAGUGCAGGAGAGAUCUUAGAAACAAUUAAAUGGGUUUGUGAUGAUUUUCCAGAACUGAAAUUACCUCUUGAAAAUAAUGUACUUAGUAAUUCCAGUUCAAAGGAUUACAAUAGCAUGAAAGAUUUAUGUGAUCGUUUUAAUCGAGCUGCAGAUGCUGUUUCAAUGCUCAAAAAAGGUAUGCACCAUUCUAGAAAAUCUCCAUCUCGUGGUUUACUUAGACAUAUACUUCAACAAGUAUAUAAUCAGUCAGUAUUUGAUCCUGAAAAGCUGAAUCAGUAUGAACCAUUCUCUCCAGAAGUAUAUGGAGAAACAUCAUUUGAUCUCAUUUGUCAAAUGAUUGAUCAAAUUGAUAUAACACAGGAUGAUGUGUUUAUUGAUUUGGGAUCUGGUGUAGGACAGGUUGUUCUUCAGAUGGCUGCAGCUACCAAAUGUAAAAUAUGCUAUGGUGUUGAAAAAGCCGAAGUUCCAACCAGGUAUGCAGAAACAAUGAAUAUACAAUUUAAAAAAUGGAUGUCAUGGUAUGGAAAGACGUAUGGUGAAUAUAAAUUAAUAAAAGGAGAUUUUCUGUCUGAAGAACAUCGUAAGACUAUUAUUGGAUCUUCUAUUAUAUUUGUUAAUAAUUUUGCAUUUGGACCAACAGUGGAUCAUAUGUUAAAAGAAAGAUUUGCUGAUUUAAAAGAUGGAGCUAGAAUUGUUUCUUCAAAAUCAUUUUGUCCUCUAAAUUUCAGAAUUACUGACAGAAAUUUAUCUGAUAUCGGUACAAUAAUGCAUGUGUCAGAAAUGCAACCAUUGCAGGGUUCUGUUUCUUGGACAGGAAAACCCGUUUCUUAUUAUUUACAUGUUAUUGACAGAACUAAACUCGAGAGAUAUUUUCAGAAAUUAAAAAAUCAACCAAGAGGUGGCAGAGAGGCAGUUAGUAACUGUGGAAGUCUUGAAAAUACUGACAGUGAAAGUAGACAGGUUAGUGAGCGAAAUACUGACAAUACAUCAGAUGAUGAAAGCACAGAUAACAGUUCCCCUCCAAGAGGACCUACAACGCGGAGGGCAUGGUCUGACUAUGUCAAUGCAAAAUCAUACAGUGAUGAAGAAAAUGUUAGUCGUACCAGUAGUAGACCCAAAAGAAUAUUACCAAGAACUAGUAAGUCUUUGGCAAUUACACCAGCUAUGACUUCCCAAAAAUCUUCGAGGCGUAAAACAAAAGGUAGAAAGACCAAACCUAGAAGACCAAUAAAAAUUUCUGGAUUAGAUCUGCUUCAUAGUGAAACCUUAUUAAGCACAUCCCCAGAGAAAGUUGGCCGAAAACCACCUCCAGCACCUGGGUGUGUAGAUCAGCAACUCACAUCAUUAACUUCAAAUGCCAGAACUGUUCAUGAAGAGCUCGAAAUCCCUCCUGCACCUGCUGCCACUCCAUACUCUUUGCAAAUUUUAUUGGAUUUAUUUAGGGAUCAAAUGGUUUCAAUGAUAGAACAAAUGAAAAAUCCAUCAUUCCGGGAUAAUGUGCAAAGGCAGAUUGAAAAAGAGAGAGAACAUAAUAAUAAUCUUAAAAAACAUAUUGCUCAAAUAGAAAGACAAAUUAAAGUUUUAACAGAAGACAGUGUUAUUUUAUUGAAAGCUCGAAUGUUUGAACUGGGUGUUGUGGAUUUGUCUGUUAGUGGAAUAUUUACGAAAGCAUCAGAAAUUGUUAGAGAGCAUAAAAUUUUGCAAGGGAAAGCUGGUAAGUUACAAGAACAAAUCAAAAGUUUAGAAGAAGAACAAAAGAACCUUGUUCGAGAACGUGAGAAAGAAGUUUGUAAGCAUAUGAGGAUUAAUGGACCUUUGAGACCAGAACAUCUUUUAGAAGAGAUAUUUGCCACGAUUAGUACUAAGAAAAAAUUGAAUCAUCACACAUCGAUUUUGGAAGCUGAAAUUUCAGCUCUUGAAAAAGCUAAUAAACAAGCACAACUUUUGUUAAAACAAAAACAAAUGGCAAGUACUGUCAAGCCUUCUUACCGGUACAAUGAUCAUAUGGAUAGGCGAUAUGUUGAUAUUGAAAAGUCACGAAUUCGACACAAUCAUAGUUCUAAAGAAGAUAAUUCACAUAUAUCAUUUACUGCCAAUAAAGCUAAUGAACCUCCAAGAGUUGCAAACUUUGAAGAGCGCCUUAAAAGUAUUAUUACCACAGCUUUAAAAGAAGAAAAUGCUCCAAGAAAUAUGACACCUGAUUAUAGCAGAAACAUCAACAAUAAAUCUUUGACCCCGUUACAGGGAAAUCAGGAGUCGCCUGGAAAAUUGGCUCUCCGAAGACAUCUUUCUCAAGAUAAAAUAGUACCUAAAGCAAAAAAACCGAGACCUAGAACAAUAGGUGAUCUCGUAAAUGUAGAAAUAGAAAGAACGUUAGAUAUAUCAAAUCAAAAUAUUAUAAAUGCUGCUGUUGAAAUGAGUACAUCUUCACCCUCGCUCACUUUAACAAAUCCUCAAAGUGGGCUAGACCCGUAUGAGUUUGACUCAUUGAAAUAUGAAAUAAAGGAAGAACCUGUUGAAGGGCUUGCAGCCAGUUUACAUGAAAGUUUGUUUUGUGGGGAGGUGAAAGAAGAUCCUGAAAAUAUAACAUUGCCAGAGGUUAAAACUGAGGCAGAGAGCCUGAAAAGAACUAUAUCUGAAGAGGAUUUUUUCCCUAAUAAAAGAUUAAGUUUAGAUAAUGAUGGAACCCCUGCAGAUGAAGAAAGAUGGCAAGAUAGAAUUAGUUCUGAUUUUGAUAGACUUGUUGCCUUUGCGUCUACUGAGCUUGAUAAAAGGAGACGGAGCACAGAAGGAAACAUGGAGAGUCCUGAAUCUGUAGUUGAUUCAGAAGCAAGUAAGAAGAUAGCAAGGUACUUAAGCGAGAGAGAGAGGGAUACACCUCCUGUCUUAGAACCACUUCAGGUGAUUGCUGCAUCACCUCCACCUUCACCACUUCCUAUUUUGCCUCUCGAUGGACCAUACUCACCAGUCAACAAACCGACUCAUGCGAACCAUAACCAUUUCAAGAAGAAGUUCUUUCAGAGGAACUGGAAGCUUCACAAGUAA